AUGGCUUCGAUCACUUUAUUGAUUCUAGCCAUUAUUUUGAGUUUCAGAACUUCGGGAGCCACUUCUCGUGGAGGCCUCUUUGAAGCUUCUGCUGUUACGGAGAAACAUGAACAAUGGAUGGCUAGAUUCCAUCGUGUUUACUCCGAAGAAUCUGAAAAAACAAAUAGGUUUGAGAUCUUUAAGAAGAACUUGGAGUUCGUAGAGAGGCACAACAUGAAUACGAACAUAACGUACAAGUUGGAUGUCAAUCAAUUCUCUGACCUUACCGAGGAGGAAUUUCGGGCAAGGUACACGGGGGUAGUGGUUCCUGAAGGUGUGACCAGAAUUUCAUCGCCUGAUUCCGACAAAAAAGUGUCCUUCAGACAUGAAAAUGUCAGCGAGACUGGUGAGAGCAUGGAUUGGAGACAGGAGGGUGCAGUUACAUCCGUUAAGAACCAAGGCCAAUGUGGAGUGUGUUGGGCAUUCUCGGCGGUGGCAGCCGUAGAAGGCAUAACGAAGAUUGAGAAAGGAGAGCUUAUAUCGCUGUCGGAGCAGCAGCUGGUUGAUUGCGGCAGAGACAUCAAUUACGGAUGUAAGGGAUGGAUAAUGUCGGAGGCUUUCCAGUACAUAAUCAACAACCAAGGAAUCACAUCAGAGGAUAACUAUCCCUACCUGGCAUCACAACAAACAUGUUCAUCAACCGAUCCAGUUGCUGCUACCAUCAGUUCAUACGAGACGGUUCCAAGUAAUGACGAGGAAGAAUUGCUUAAAGCAGUUUCUCAACAGCCUGUUUCUGUGACGAUAGAUGGCGCAGGGCUUGAGUUUCAGCAGUAUAAGAGUGGCAUAUUUGACGGAGACUGUGGGACGGAUCCGAAUCAUGCGGUUGCAAUUAUUGGUUACGGGGUGAGUGAAGAAGGGAUUAACUAUUGGUUGUUGAAGAACUCAUGGGGAGAAACUUGGGGAGAAAAUGGUUACAUGAGAAUUAUGAGAGGCGUGGAUGCACCUGAAGGAAAGUGUGGUUUAGCCCGUUAUGCUUACUAUCCACUUGCAUGAAUCUUGUUAUGUUGUUCGAACGUAUUUACAUGGGUUUGUUCAGAGUAAUUGACAACACCCUUAUCAAUAAUCUUAUGCAUAUCUGGUCCCACGUUUUUCGUUGUAGUCAUAUCUAUUUUGGAAGUUAUGUUGGUGUAAGCAUGUAUCAUGAUUGGUCUUAUAAUAUAUACAAAGUUUUUG